AUGGACCUUCUCUUGAGUGAGAAUGGCUGGCUAGGCACUAAUGCCAGGGAUCCCCUUGCCAUGCAUAUGCCCAUCUACUUCUCUCAGGGCGAUAUAAUCUUCCAGGCCAAACACAGGCUGCCCCGGAUAACCCUGGGCCUCUUCCGCAUUGCUCUCGAAACUAUGUACAAGUCUCUAACGGGCGGUGAUCUCGAGCAGGUCGUCUACGGCAAGCCCGAGCUGGCCACACAAAUACGCCGACGAGGUCAUGAAGUCGUAGACGAAAGAGAUCCACAACGAGUAUACCCUUCCCGAAAACAUCUCUACAUGAUUGGCGACAACCCGGUCUCUGACAUUAUUGGCGGGAACAUGUAUGGGUGGAACACUUGCCUGGUCCGGACCGGUGUGUUCCAGGGUGAGGGUAACGAUGAGGACAGCCCGGCCAGUUUUGGCGUGUUUGAUACCGUGCUAGAAACAGUGCAAGUCGCUGUAUGUGAGGAGCUGGGCCUGGAGUUCAAGCUUCGGUGGAGAGAGAAUGAGAAAGUUAUAUCCGCAUGA